AUGCAAUCAUCGAGUUCAUCUAUCCAAUCGGCUCGAAAACAAUCGACAGGCCGCCAUGCUGGCAUGGUGACGCCUCCCUCGACGCGCACAUCCGACGACUUCAAGAAACAGCAUCGCCGCAAGUCGAGCAAAGAUCAGAGCUUGUUGGAAAGAAAAGUACGACGACCAUCGGCAAAUCACAAGAUGCCUGGGCAGAGCCUCUCAAAAGGGACAACUGCCGGUCGUCCUGCCACUUCUACAACUGCUGCCGCUACCGCUGCGUGCAAAAGCGUGCGUACGGCUAAGAAUGAAGAACCUGCAUGGGACAUGGAGGCAUUUCCUCAGUUCUGUAUGACGUGUGAGAAGCAAUUCCUCCACUCACAGACAACCUUGCUAUACUGCUCUGACAGGUGUCGUCUGCGAGACCAGCUGGCGCUAUCUAAUAUCACAUCUUCGCGCUUCAUCUACAACGACUACAUGCCAGCUACAAAUCUUCGAACUGAAGGUCCAGAUAUUCUUCCUCGAUAUUCGCCGACUCCGUCUUACCCAGCUCCCCAUCGUCCGGCUUCUAGCCCUAAUCAAGCCUUAGAGUCUUUGCGCUCUCUUGCUACGGCGCUGCCCCGUGUCAAAGAUAGCUCGUCCCCAUCGGUGCCCCGUUCCCGAGCAGGCUCUGGAUUCUGGAGCCACGCGUCCUUCACAGCCAAAGCCACUGUCAAACCGGGCCUUGAACCCUCUCCCCCUGCUUACAUUGUUAGUCAAGGCCAUGGCCCAGUAUUAAGUGUCAAGAAUCUUGGAUCCAAAACGGACUAUUUUGCUUCGUAUUCUGGGUAUAUGAACUCGAGGAAAUGGGACACUCUUACGGACACAAAUCGGCCCUUACCUAAAAAGGUUGCUACAGCUGGCUGUGGCCAACGAUCGCGCAGUAUCGAUCUGAUUACUCCUUUGGGAAUAUAA